GUCCGAGCAUGGCGUCCCCCCAACACCAGCACCUGCUGCCCCAAAACACCGAGGUGAGCUGUGACUCCAGCGGAGAUGGAGGCGUCUCUGUGAGGAUUGGAGUCAAACACAAGCAUGGAUGCGGGCCACUGGGCUCCAUCGGGGGAGGAUUCAUGGGGGGAGCCAAGCACUGCAAGUACAGCAUUUCCUCUAGCUGUAGUUCUGGAGAGUCCGGAGUGAGGAGGCCGGCGGUCAGGAGUUUUCGUGCUCAGAAGAAGAUGCCUCAGCUGUUUGAGAGAUCUGCAGGUCAUUUCUGGGACCCAAAGUUUGACUCUGCGAUCCUGGAGGAAGCCUGCAGAGAACGCUGUUUCCCUCAGACCCAGCGGCGCUUUCGCUACGUCCUCUUCUACCUAGUGGCUGUCGGCUUCCUCUGGGGUUUGUACUUCGCUGCCAACCCUUCCCGAUGUGACCGGGCUGUUUUCCUCCUGCCCACUGCUUCCUUCCUCCUCUUCUGCCUCCUUCUUUUCCUCCUGACCUUCACCAAGCUCUACUCUCGCUGUUACAACCAAGCAUCUCUGCUGCUCAUCAUGGUGACCUUCAUCCUGACCCUGGCCCCCCAGAUCCAGACAUCAGGCUUCAGGGACCCGGAGACCCCCACGCCUACCCUGGAUGUGGAGGAGUCCAGUGGCAUCGGGCCCUCGUACAACCUGUCCUAUGAGAAGCUGGUGGGCGGGAACACCUGGCCGCCAUGUCUGUCUCCUGUAGGCACCUUCUCGCUCUGCAUCGAGGUUCUCCUGCUGCUCUACAGCGUCCUCCAUGUUCGUCUCUACGCCUCUGUUCUGUUGGGGUUUCUCUACUCCGUCUUUUUUGAGAGUUUGGGCUGGCUGCACUUGACCCAGGUAGGGGAGAGGUGGAACUUAGCCUCUCCGUCUGACUGGGAUACGCUGAGCUGGUUGGGCCCAGCCAAAGCUCUGCUCCACCUCUGUGCCCACGCUAUUGGCAUCCACCUGUUCAUCAUGUCUGAGGUGCGCUCACGCAGCACCUUCCUGAAGGUGGGACAAGCCAUCAUGCAUGGCAAAGACCUGGAGGUGGAGAAGGCCUUGAAGGAGCGAAUGAUCCACUCGGUUAUGCCCAGAAUUGUGGCGGAUGAACUGAUGAAGCAGGGCGAUGAGGAGAUAGGAGAUGCUUCUGUGAAACGUUACUCCACCAGUGGUGCUGCUGCCGCCAUCUCCAGCCCUAAAAACAACAAGCGCAAGAAAACGUCCAUCCCACGAGGCCAGAUCAUCUUCAGACCCUUCAACAUGAAGCGCAUGGAGCCCGUCAGCAUCCUCUUUGCGGAUAUUGUGGGCUUCACUAAAAUGUCUGCCAACAAAUCUGCUCACGCCCUCGUAGGACUUUUGAACGACUUGUUUGGACGUUUCGAUAGACUCUGUGAGCUCACUGGCUGUGAGAAGAUCAGCACUCUGGGGGACUGUUAUUACUGCGUGGCUGGUUGUCCUGAGCCCAGGUCAGAUCAUGCGUACUGCUGUGUGGAGAUGGGCCUGGGCAUGAUUCAGGCCAUCGAGCAGUUCUGCCAGGAGAAGAGGGAGAUGGUGAACAUGAGGGUGGGCGUCCACACUGGCACUGUGCUGUGUGGCAUCCUGGGAAUGAAACGCUUCAAGUUUGACGUCUGGUCAAAUGAUGUCAACUUGGCCAAUCUCAUGGAGCAGCUGGGCGUGGCCGGGAAGGUCCACCUGUCGCAGGCCACCGCCAACUUCCUGGACGACCGCUACCGGCAUGAAGACGGACAGGUCAAUGAGCGAAUCGGACAGAGCGUGGUGGCCGACCAGCUCAAAGGUCUGAGGACCUACCUGAUCUCUGGCAGAAAGGUGGAGCCUCUGUCUCACUGCAGCUGCUCCCAGAUGGGUUUAUCUGGACCAGAACUUGCAGAUCCGGCUCCCAAAGUCCUAACUCCUGAUGGAGGACCGUCGGCCGGCCCGUUUCCUCCAGACAGAGCCAAGUCGCCCUGCCUGUCUUGCAGCGUGGCCUUGAUAGCCGGGGAGGAUCGGGUUCUGGAGGAAGGAAUGCACAAUGGCUGCCAUGACGACCACAAGACAAGCAGCAGCAAGGACUCCUCCAAUCUGAAGUGUUCCCCGGCGGUUUCUGCAGGACGAAGCUCCAAAGCCCUGAACGGCCUCCUCAGUCCCCGGCUGGAGGCCCUGACCAACAGCCAGACGUCGCUGUGUGAGAUGCUGCAGGAGAAGGAGAAGAAGACGUGGAGUGGAGGAGCGCUGGGCAUGGACCACUCAGCACUCAUCCCGCUGAGAUCCAAGAACUUCAGGGAGAGAAGUGAUGCUCAUUUUGUGGAUGUUAUUAAGGAGGACAGUCUGAUGAAGGACUAUUUCUACAAACCUCCCAUAAACAAGCUGAGCCUGACCUUCUUGGAGAAGAGCCUGGAGUCAGCGUACCGGAUCAGCUACCAGGAGGAGGUGGAGACCCAGGCAGCUGUGCAGACCUUUGCCAGCCCGACAUUCAGCUCUUUCCUGGACAUGCUGCUGAGCUGCUCUGUGUUUCUGGCUCUGUCUCUGGCCUGUUUCCUUCAGCCGCUGGUUAGCCAACAGACUCUGUCCACGCCAGCGCUCAUCCUGACAGCUGUGGUCGCUCUGCUGGAGGCUCUGGCUCUGCUCUUAGCUAUACGCAUGGCUUUCUACCUGGACAGUGUGCUGACCUGCACUCGGGUGCUGAUGAGGUCCAUCUCCGGCUGGAUAGUGCGACACUUCAUCGGCGCCGUCCUGGUGUCGCUGCCGGCGGUGGCGGUCUUCUCUCACAUCACCUGUGACAUGCAUCUCUCCGUUCAGUUCACCAUGUUCACCUGCUGUGCCGUCAUCAUCGUCAUCAUCCAGUACUGUAACUUCUGCCAGCUCAGCUACUGGAUGCGCUCAACGUUGGCCACACUGGUGGGACUGGUGCUGCUGGGCCUGCUCUUCAGCGCCCCCUGCAGUGUUGCUAAGAGUCUGUUUUUCUGGUCUGAUGGUCAGAACAACAACAACAACAACAACAACAGCUCCAUCGUCAUGUAUGACCUCCCAGUGGACACUGACCCACCACCCCAGCCCCAGGACCUUCUAGGCCCUGAGGCCUGCGUGGCGUUCUUCCUGCUCCUGCUCCUGGUCUGGUUCCUGAACCGUGAGUUUGAGGUCAGUUACCGUCUCCAUUACCAUGGCAACGUGGAGGCCGAUCAACACCGCAUCAAGAUUCAGAACAUGAGGGACCAGGCCGACUGGCUGCUUCGUAACAUCAUCCCCAUCCACGUGGCUGAGCAGCUGAAGGUCACCCAGAGCUACUCCAAGAACCACGACAACGUGGGCGUGAUCUUUGCCAGCAUUGUUAACUUCAGUGAGUUUUAUGAGGAAAGCUAUGAGGGAGGUAAGGAGUGCUAUCGCGUCCUCAAUGAGCUGAUUGGUGACUUUGAUGAGCUCUUACGGAAGCCAGCCUUCUCAAACAUCGAAAAGAUCAAGACCAUCGGCGCCACCUACAUGGCAGCGGCUGGACUGAACGCCCAGCAGUGUGCUGAUGCUGUACAUCCUCACGCCCACCUCCGGGCUCUUUUUGAAUUUGCCCUUGAAAUGAUGCGAGUGGUGGAUGACUUCAACAAGAACAUGCUGGGCUUUGGCUUCAAGCUUCGUAUUGGGUUCAACCAUGGGCCUUUAACAGCUGGGGUGAUUGGCACCACCAAGCUUCUCUACGACAUCUGGGGAGACACCGUCAACAUAGCCAGUCGCAUGGAUACUACAGGGGUGGAGUGCCGCGUUCAGGUCAGCGAAGAAAGCUACUGUGUGCUCAGUGGCAUGGAUUAUGACUUUGAUUAUCGUGGCACAGUUAACGUGAAAGGCAAAGGCCAGAUGAAGACCUUCCUGUACCCUAAAAGCAGUGACAGCGGCCCGGUGCCUCAGUACCAGCUCUCCGUCUCACCAGAGAUCCGAGCGCAGGUGGACGGUAGCAUUGGACGCUCUCCCACCGAUGAAAUCGCCAGCAUGGUGCCGGCAACGAGCACGACCACAAGCAGCACCAGUACCAUGGUUCCCAGUACCAGCACCGGAUCAUCUCCUGUUGCAGGGAUAAGCCAUGGGAAGGAGGCAUACGGCCGGGAAAGACGUCCUGCCACAGAAACCUCUGCUGCCAGGAGGUCAGUGUCUCACAGCGGCCUCACGUCUUUACCUACAACCAACGUGGAAGGAACUCCUCCCUCCUCAGAGAACAAAGAGCUCAUCAUCUCAUCAUACCAGCAGGACCCGCCCCAGAACUCUACAAGCUGUCCCAAAGACACCAAGAACGACCAGUAUGAGGAUGGAUAUGACAGUAGUGUUGGAGAAUUAACCCGACUUUAAGAGUUUGCUCCUUUUAAUAUCAACCCUCGACCCUUUAAGCUCCAGAACUGCUCUUUAUCGGUCCUACAAGUAGAGACAGAGGGUGUGGAGGAACCACAUCCCUCUUCUCAUUAGCCAGGAAGCAGGUUGUUUUUAGUGUAAAUAUGAUUGCCUGAUGUUCUCAAAGGUGCUGGGUGGACCAUAAAGAAGGUCAGAGGCAUGGGAAGAUGUGCUAGCUAACCCUGGACCUUCUCCCGAUCGCUACAGAUCCCAUCGUCUGCCAUUAACCUACUUGAUUAUCUUUACUCCUUUAAUCUUGAUCAUUUCUUUCAUAUAUCUUUUAAGUGCCUUUAGACUAGAAUAAUAUGUAGACUAAGCCUUUCUGAGUAAGGGAAAGACAACACAAAGGGAAAAUUGUAAAAUCUGAAACUUUUGGAAAAAAAAUGUUGCUUUUGUUACCGGUUUACUUUUUAAACUAUGUUUUGCUAUGAUACUUUUGCCUUUUAUCAAAGAGGAGAGAAACAGCGUAAGAAGCAUCUCAAAAUGUGUCAAAAGAAGGGAAAUGAAAAAGAUGUUAGUCUGAGAUAUGUACUUGUAAAAUCUGCACUAGUAUGCUGCAGAGCCUGUGUCCACAUUGCUCUGACAUCCAGAAACCUGUUGAGGGUGGCAGGACUAAUCAGUACAGGCUGAGGAUGAGCUGUGUGAGUGUGUUAGCAUGCAGAGUGUGUGUCUUUAUCAGGAGAUUAUGCAGCUUUAAUCAGGAGAGUUGCCUAAAAGUUACUCAGAUGAACUGCAGGAUUACAAACCCUUCAAAACUGCAUUGGACAGUAAAGGUCUGUGCUGAUGGGGCAGCUUUUAGUCUCGACACUGAUGGUCUCAGCUCCAUUUAGUCAGCAUGCUAGCAGCGAGGCUAACUGCUGCUGCUGUUUGUGCCCUUCACUCAUCAUCAACACUCUGGUGGGACCUGAAGCUCCUGUUGAUGAGUGUUUCAGAGGAUCCUACAGACCACUGGUGAACCUGUAGAGUCUUCAGACGUUAGGUGGAUGAGAGAAGCAGCUGCCUAGGGUUGCUAUGGGUUACACUGUGUGUUAGUUGGUGGAGCUUUUCAUGGAUAAUCAAAGUGGAAUGUCACUAAUAAAAUCUAAAUGUGUUUAAUAGUGUUUGUUGUUACACAAAACUUGAACUGUUUAUUUGAGGCACCCCUUUCUACUUGAUUAUUUGAAGGACAAUCCUGGAUGCAAACCGCUGGACGCUUCUGCUGCUUCAUUCUUUCAGUGGCAUGAAUGUUAAAGCAUUAGCACUGUAAAUACACAGACAGUGCACUGGAUGGAUCCAGAUCCCCAGGUGUUUGGUGUUUUGGUUUUAUUUCAUGCUUCACAUCUUUCUUGCUGUUACAUCUCUCUCUCACUGUUUCUUGAAAAAAGAUUGUGUGCUCAAAGGCAAAAAGUUUCACCAUGAAACCCACUUAGUUUUCUUAUUUAUCACAUCUAGAUAUCCUGAACAACACAACCUCAUGUUUUUAAGUUUCCUAACAAGACAUUUUUAGUAACAUGACAAAUGUUGAGGAAAUACAGAGAACCAAUCUGCCUUCGGUUAUUGAACAAUAUUUUAUGUUUUCUGCUGCAUUUUAAAUGAUGCUAAUAGUUAAGAGUUAGUUUGGUUUGUUUUCGAGUAGCUUGUGCCUUUUAACUUUGACUCGGUUUUAAAUUGCUUUCAUUUCUUAAUACAGUGAACAUCUCUCCACAGCAUGUGCUCUGAGAAUGUCUGUUCAUUUUAGUAAACUUUCCUAAGAUCACCAGAUUCAAGCAGUGCCUUUUCUACAUACACUAUAUUGCCAAAAGUAUUGGCUCACCUGCCCUUGACUCGCAUAUGAACAUAAGUGACAUCCCGUUCCUAAUCCAUAGGGUUCAAUAUGACGUGGGUCCACCCUUUGCAGCUAUAACAGCUUCAACUCUUCUGGGAAGGCUGUCCACAAGGUUUAGGAGUGUGUUUAUGGGAAUUUUUGACCAUUCUUCCAGAAGCACAUUUGUGAGGUCACACACAGAUGUUGGACCAGAAGGUCUGGCUCUCAGUCUCUGCUCUAAUUCAUCCCAAAGGUGUUCUAUGGGGUUGAGGUCAGGACUCUGUGCAGGCCAGUCAAGUUCAUCCACACCAGACUGUCAUCCAUGUCUUUAUGGACCUUGCUUUGUGCACUGGUGCACAGUCAUGUUGGAAGAGGAAGGACCAGCUCCAAACUGUUCCCACAAAGUUGGGAGCAUGGAAUUGUCCAAAAUGUCUUGGUAUGCUGAAGCAUUCAGAGUUCCUUUCACUGGAACUAAGGGUCCAAGCCCAGCUCCUGAAAAACAAGCCCACACCAUAAUCCCCCCUCCACCAAACUUUACACUUGGCACAAUGCAGUCCCACAAGUAUCGUUCUCCUGGCAACCACCAAACCCAGACUGGUCCAUCAGAUUGCCAGAUGGAGAAGCGUGAUUGGUCACUCCAGAGAAGGCGUCUCCACUGCUCUAGAGUCCAGUGGAGGCUGCUUUACACCACUGCAUCCCAUGCUUUGCAUUGCACUUGGUGAUGUAUGGCUUGGAUGCAGCUGCUGGGCCAUGGAAACCCAUUCCAUGAAGCUCUCUGCUGAAGCACUGUUCUGGAGCUAAUCUGAAGGCCACAUGAAGUUUGAAGGUCUGUAGCGAUUGACUCUGCAGAAAGUUGGCCACCUCUUGGCACUAUGCUCCUCAGCAUCCACUGACCCCGCUCUGUCAGUUUACGUGUCCUACCACUUGGUGGCUGAGUUGCUGUCGUUCCCACACACUUCCACUUUCUUAUAAUACAGCUGACAGUUGACUGUGGAAUAUUUAGGAGCAAGGAAAUGUCACGACUGGAUUUGUUGCACAGGUGGCAUCCUAUCACAGUUCCACGCUGGAAUUCACUGAGCUCCUGAGAGCGAGCCAUUAUUUCACAAAUGUUUGUAAAAGCAGUCUGCAGCCUAGGUGCUGGAUUUUAUACACCUGUGGUCAUGGAAGUGAUUGGAACACCUGAUUCUGAUUAUUUGGAUGGGUGAGCCAAUACUUUUGGCAAUAUAGUGUAUGUACAAAAUAAAUGUAAGCAAACCAAACCUUUGACAUUAAUUUGAUUCCUUUUGCUGUAUUUAUUUGUCAGAUGUGCUUGUUUUAAAUCAAUACCAGUGGUGUGACAGGUUCUUUUGUCCAUGAGCACACAACCCUUCUACUGUACAAUAAAGGGAUGCUUAGAGUAAUUAUUAUUAAGUGCUUAAUGAAGGUCAUGGUGUUUGAGUGUCAGGUGAAGCAUAUAAGCUAUGUUUCUUUUUGUUUUGACUGGUAAGCUCUUUUAAAUAAUGUGUUUUUUUAUGAGAUCUGAGCGAUGAGAUGGAGCCAUAACGUCACAGAUUUGAAUCCCUCCUCUUUGUUUCCCUGCAGACAUAUCUGCUGAUCUGGUUGAUUUAUUGAGAUGUAAGCGACUUUCUGACCAGCAGAAUGGCACACUGGGUAAAAUUUGAUGCCAAAGAGUGUCAUUGCCAUCCCUUAUUAUAUCUUAUUUAUUUUCUUUUAUAUACUGGCUUAACUUCUUCAUUUGCAGGUCAUUUAUAUACUCACUGUUAAAACACGAUUGCACAAGGCACUCACUUUUUUGUAUAGUAUGCCUUUGAAUUGUAAAGCAUUUGAGCAUUUUCUAUAAUUUAUAUAAGCGCAUGUUUUAGAGUAUUAAAUAGUCUAAAGAACUGAGUAACUUUAACCAUGCUGGAGUAGUACUUGUGGGUUCUGUUUGCCUGCAUGUGUGUAAAUCAUGUGUGAGUGUUUGUAAAACUGUGUGGUUGUGUGUAAUUUGGGAGGGACGCUCCAAUCUGAGCAAGAAUGUAAUUUUAGUGGACUUUUAUCACUGCAGAAUGUGUGACAUUCUAGGACAGAAUCAAUCAGUAGAGGUUUCCCUUUUUCAAAUUCAAAGUAGCCAAAUAAAAUGAGUGAGAUGCAGGAAGAUACCUGCUGGUAGGAAGUACCGGAGUACUGCUCCCGCCAAGUUUUAACCAACUGUUGCUUUCUUUAGGUGUGUUUUUGUACAUAGCACGCUAACAGGUGAAGUGAAAGUUAAAAUUGAAUAAAGUCAGUUGCUGGGAAA